GAUGAAGCUCUCAGGGCACUCCAGACCGCUCUUGCCCUGACACACUUCCAGCCUCACAAUGUCGCACUGUUACUUCCAGGAGGACAGCAUGCAGGGCCUGCGGCACAUCAACAGGCAGAUGAGGCUGCUGGACCUGCGGCUGCAGCUGCUCCGGGAGAGGCUGUGCUCGGCCCGCCUGAACCGCUGCCUCCUUUCCUGCUGCUGCCUGCCCCAGCCCUGCUUCCGGAGAAAGCCUGCCUGCCUCGCUGCGAGAAAUGAGAGAACAAAAAGACUUGGCAUGAUGUUGAACUCGUGCAGUGGUCAAAACUUGGCUUUGAUCGAUGUGAAGGGUUUUGACCCCAGAGACAUCACGGUGACGGUGAAGGACGGGAAGGUGACGGUGUCAGCGGAGCGCAAGGUGGAGUGCAACACCGGCCUGUCAAAGACCAGUAACUACAAAAAGUUCGUGAAGGAAUUCUGCCUGCCGCCAGGGGUGUGUGACAAGGAGGUGACAUACUCCGUGGAAUCCAAGUGCCUCCCGCCACCCAAGUGCUGCCCUUAUCUCUGCCCUUACUGA